AUGAUCCGCUUCGACAACAUCCCACCCGAGGUCAUGCAAGCAAUGUGCACCCCAAUGCACCAAAUCCUUCCGCCUUCAUCUAACUCGCACCACUCCCGCCUCGGAGGCCUCUACCUCGGCUCCCUCGCUGCAGCCCAAGACGCACCCCUUCUGCGCUCCCAAGGCGUCUCACACAUAGUCAGCGUGCUCGAUGCUCCGUGGGCGCCGACAUUUCACCUCGAGCGCGAGGGAUUUAGCGUAUAUAAAAUCGAGGUUGGAGACGAGACCAGUGUUGAUCUGAGGCCUUACCUCGAGGCGGUGUGCGCGAAUAUCGAGGGUGUGAGGAGGACGGGGAGGAGCGUGUUGGUUCACUGUCAGCAGGGCGUAUCCCGCUCAGCGGCCAUCACCAUCGCCUACCUCAUCGCCUAUCAAUCCAUGUCCUACGACAGCGCACUCGCCUUCGUACGGCGCAGGCGUGCCUGCGUGAGGCCGAAUUCCGGAUUUGUGAGGGCGCUGCAGGAAUGGGAGACUGCCGUUAGAAGUGGGGGAAUGGCAGGACAGAGCUUUUGA